GCAUGAUCCGGUGGGCACGUCCUCCAACGCGUUCUGCGACUCCACUUGGCGUGCGAACCUCGCGGAUGAUAGUCCUCACACAAGUCGUUCUCCGUUUCUCGCGCUCGAAACUGCGCCACCAGCGUGUUGUUUACCCGCCCGCACACCAGUGUGCCGAAGCGAUACUCCACCGCGAAGGGGAUGUUGUUGUGCAUCGGGGAGUGAGUUAUAGUGUGCGAGAUAAAAAAUAAAAAGGAGUAGUUCUCCCACAGAGUAAACCGCGACCGUCCGAACAGUUACCGGUCAGUGCGGGCGAGUGCGGCGGGAACUGCGCCUCAAGUAAAUUUAGCCCGGUGCCGCCGGCCAAGAGGACGAUUCCCACGGACGCCGCCUAGCAGCAGGAGCUCUCUUUAUGAACGGUCCGUACGGGGCCUGGCCGGUCAAGAUGAACCUCAACAUCAUGGAGCCCGUGGCGGAGCACGGCGACGGCUUCGAGCCGCAGACGCGAGCCCGCUCCAACACGUGGCCCCUGCCCAGGCCGGAUAACUACGUGGAGCCGGGCGAGGAGGGCGGCGGCAACAAGUGCCCGGUGCCGAUGCCGGCCGCCGCCUCCGCCUCCGUACCGGCCAAGAAGAAUUCGAGCCGCAGGAACGCGUGGGGUAACCUCAGCUACGCGGACCUCAUAACGCAGGCCAUCACCACCUCGCCGGACAAGAGGCUCACCCUGUCGCAGAUCUACGAGUGGAUGGUGCAGAACGUGCCCUACUUCAAGGAUAAGGGCGACAGCAACAGCUCGGCAGGAUGGAAGAACUCCAUCCGGCACAACCUGUCACUUCACAACCGUUUCAUGAGGGUACAGAACGAAGGCACCGGCAAGUCCUCCUGGUGGAUGAUCAACCCAGACGCCAAACCAGGCAAAUCGGUGAGGCGGAGGGCCGCCUCCAUGGAGACGAGUAAAUUCGAGAAAAAACGGGGGCGGGCAAAAAAGAAAGUGGAGAUCCUGAGGAAUGGCGGAGGUUGCUUGCCGGAUACCACCCCCAGUCCCAGUUCGUCGGUGUCGGAGAGUCUCGAUUUGUUCCCCGAUUCUCCCAUUCACAGCAGCGGUUUCCAAUUAAGUCCUGACUUCAGACCCAGAGCAUCGUCGAACACGUCCUCGUGCGGGAGACUGUCCCCCAUCCCCUCGGUGGGGGUCGAACCCGUCUGGACCACCCCCGAGCAGUACACCAACUCCAACUACAGUCCGGAGAUGGUGUCCAGCGGAAACUACUCGCCCGACACGCUGGCAGGCAGCAUGGAACAGGGGAUGAAGCUGCAGCCCUCGGAGUACCUGGGGUACAUCAACGGACAGAAUAACCAACAACCCCCACCGCCAUAUACCGCCCCCUACGAGACGUUUCAUGGAUGCAGAGACAUCAACGCAUUGCACGCCACGUCGCCUUACGGCUUGACGCAGUGCCCCAUCCACAGGAUGCAGUCUUGCUCGUGCAUGCAACCAAUCAAGGUUGAGAGUAUGUCGCCAGCUGGCAUGUCCCCUUCGUACCCGCACUCGGAACCAUCCCCCGACCCCCUCACUAGUCAAUUCAUGAUCAACAGGAUGCCCAGGCCCUCGUCGAGUAGUCCACCGCUGACACCCCAACCCCCAACCCAGCGCACGCUGAUGGGCCAGAUCUUGGGCGCGCUCAACAACAGCUCCAUGCUGGACGACAUCAGCGUGGAGUCGCUGCAGGGCGGCUUCGAGUGCAACGUCGACGAGGUGAUCAAGCACGAGCUGAAGAUGGACGGCAGCCUCGACUUCAACUUCCCCAACCAGCAGCAGGAGGGCAUGCCUCCGGCCGAGGCGCGCUCCGACAUCUCCAACAGCCAGACCAGCGCCCCACCAUCCUAUUCUGCGGCGGUCACCGCGCCGUCCUGGGUGCAUUAACGAAAAAAUUCAGG